CUGUGUUGCGUUAAGGUUUUCGCGCUUCGUUGGUGUUGUCCAACAGCAAUCAUGCAGGACCAACCUGACCAUGACGGAAUAAAUAAUCAGCCGAUCACCAGUCCACACGACUCAUGUUUAACACCAUUUGAUUCAGCACAUACGGUGGCCUACGUCCCAAAUUCGAACUCAUUUCCAAUCUUUCGCCUCAAAGAACAGCUGCAUGAGGAUCAACACUAUUAUUCAUUGAACGAACGAGAUCGCAUUCAGGAUGCAGGAUACAGAAAGUCAACUUCAUCCUAUUCAUUUGCAUCCAGUCCUAAGGGUGGUGGAAUCAAUGCUAAUUUUCUCGAUUGUCGUUUACGGUAUAUUCGUCAAACAAGACGCCUGCAAAAAUACCUGCGCGUUACUCCAGAAGGAAAUCUACUCGUGAAUGAUGUGAAACAUUUGUACCACGAUGCAACAAACUGGCAACCUCCGGAAUCCAAGGAGAGCUUGGCAAGCAAAAGGGAGUCGAAUCCAUUCGCUACGCUUAUUAGCACUCCAAAACUUAAACGGAUUUACGCGGCCUUUUGGAAUAUGGAAUCGCGACAUGAUUAUUCCUCGCCCAACUCAACACAACUUUUGAAAUACGUUAACUCGAGCGACACCCAGACAUUACAACAAUCACAUGUGUCUCAAGCUCAAGAAUCUGUUCACUCUCCUGAGCAGUUGCAAAACAACUCCUCUGAAACUGGUCCCACAUUGGACUCGUCUUGUGAACAAGAGACAGCCCUAGAAAUGGCAGGCGACUGA